AUUUUAAAGUAUAUUACACAUGAUAUAUAUCUGCCAAAGAUUAUUUUUUGUAAUAAAAAAUUGAAUAAAUUUUGAGCAAUAAAGGGAAAAGAAUUAUAAUUUAGUGUAUAUAUUUCAGCCUUAGAUAAUUAAUAAUAUUAAGCAGCAUUUAAACGACAAGGGAUUUCCCCUUUUCCAAGCACGGCUGUGUUUCUUUUACAUUGUCGUUUGGGCAAGCAAUCUGCUAUGCGUAGGAGAGAAACGAGAUGUUUAUUUUUUUAUCUUUAUGUCUCGCUUAGAUAAGAGUUUAGAUAAUUCAUUACAAUACAUGUGAACCUGAAAACAAUAUCAGUGUGAAGCAGAAUAUUAAUUUCAUUUUCACGUUACUUGGAAACUGACGUAAUCUGAAAACUAUACUGUAUGAAAUAGAUUCAUUUAUAUGCUAUUUAUACAUAAAUCUAUUUAAAAAAAGAGUCCACUUAAGCAGGCGAACAUUUUUCUACACAUAACCAAAAUAUUUUGAAAAUGGCUGCCUGUCUGGAGAGUUUGGAAUUCAAUGACGUCGAAAUCGAUGAUGCACGUCUGAAUAGGAAUAAAACCCAUUACAGAGAAGUUCCUGGAAUAAAAACCCGAAGUUUAAAUGAACUGAAAAGCAUGCUUGGAAAAAAUACUGGAUUUCGACCUUGCAUUGAUGACAAUUUUUUGCUCCGAUUUCUCACGGCAGCUAAGUAUCUUCCCGACGAGACUCUGAAGAGACUUAAGACCUAUUACAUUGGUCGGAAUCUUCAUCCGCAAAUUUUCCGAAACUACCUUCCGAGUAACACCUUAUCAGCUCAAGCGCUCGACCAUAUAAAAGCCCUUCCAUAUAGAGCCAAAAAUUUAUCAGCCGUAGUUAUUAUUAAAUUAGGGAAAGUUGACUUUCAAAAAGUGCCAUUCGUGGAAUUAUUACGGCUGGAACUAAUGGUGUUUGAAACUUUGAUGCAAAACUCUGUUACACAGCUCUGUGGUAUAACUGUUAUUAUUGACUGCGAUGGUUUUUCUCCGGAUAACAUAUCAGAAAUUAUGCCUUGCCUGCCUACUUGUUACAGCGUGUUUCACUACGAUUGCACUUUGGGUAUAAGAUACCUGCAUGUCAUCAAGACACCGGUACUUCUACAACUUCUAUACCAAAAUGUAAUCUCUGCUUGGUCUAGGGAACAGCAAACUCAGGUAGUAUUUCAUUCACCCGACUCGGAUUUAGAAGAGUUGCACAAUCAAGUAUCUAUAGAUUAUUUGCCAGAAGAAUAUGGUGGAAAAUUGUCAUCCUCCAGCUUAGUAGAUCUCAAUCCAAUAAUAAAUGAAAAAGAGAGCUACUUCCGAGAACAGCUGCAGUAUGGGAUAUCAAAUGAUGAGUUAGAGUUGGACUAACUCCCAUUCUGUAUCCAUUUUAAUACAGAUCCCGUUCGAAAUUAUCUUGCUUCAAUUUAGUAGACUUUGUUUAGUAAAUGGAAAAGAGAGUUACUUCAGAGAAUUGCAUCAUUAUGGGAUAUUAAAGGAUGAACAUAAAUUGGACUGAUUCCCAUAUUGUUAGAAAAGUAUGGGAAAGUUUGAGUUUCUUUAAGCACCAGAAAAACCCGAAAAAUUUACAUAGCUCACAACAAAUAUCUUUGCGAAAUGGCAAGCAUAUUGUAUGAUAAAUGAUUUUUAAUAAAAAUUUCACAGUAAAAUUCU